GAAUAACAGUCACAUGACCAGUUGAGAGAUGGAAGAGAAGAAGAAGAAGAGGAGCCCCAAGGCCCACCUUUCUCAGCCAGUGCCCUCCAGUGCUUUGCGCAAGCUGCCCGUCCCUGCCAGCAAGAGCACCUCCUUCUCCCUGGGGAUGCCUCACCUCCCAUCACCAAAACAAAGAGCCAAGUUCAAGAGAGCAAACAAAGAGAAGCCCCGAGCCCCACAGCCUGCAGGCAGCACCGGGACUACGGUGGGCGCCCCUCUGCAGCACUCUUUCCUGACUGAUGUCUCAGAUGUCUAUGAAAUGGAGGGGGGGCUCUUGAACCUGCUGAACGACUUUCAUUCGGGGAAACUGCAGGCAUUUGGAAAGGAAUGUUCUUUCGAACAAUUGGAGCACGUUCGGGAGAUGCAGGAAAAGUUGGCCCGUCUGCACUUCAGCUUGGAUGUCUAUGUGGAGGAGCUCUCUGAGGACCAGAAGAAAACUGUGGCUGACAGGAAUCUGGAUCAGCUACUGACAAACUUGGAAGAGCUCAGCAACUCCAUUCAGAAGCUGCACUUGGCAGAAAACCCUGACCUGGAAGACACCUCCACAGCUUAGAGGAAGCAAAGCAGCAGCCCAAGACUUCUCUUUGAGUAGAGUGGGAAGACUUGGCAAAGGAACAGUGGACCUGAGAAAGAUGUUUGUAGCAGAGUCUGCCCCUGAAUGGUUCAGGGAAAGAAAGCUGAAAUCAUAUGUAUCUAGGGGGAAGUGGGGAUUUGGGUCUGGGUUCGAACUGACUGCAGAAAAAUCAAGCGCAGAAGUAACCAACUCUUGGAAAUUAAGUGGUGGACAUGUCAUGGGAAGAAAGCCAAGAGGAAUCUGGUCUUCUGCACCCUGGGAUUGUGCCCUGGAAUAUUUUCUGAUAUUGC